AUGUGUGUCCAGGUCCAGCGUCAGAACGACACAUUCAAACUUUGGUCGAACAAACUUUGGCUUCGUCAGUUUCUCCAGACCCGACUCGGACCCGACUCGGACCUGGUAAAGCUACGAGAGGCACCGACGCAGGAGGAAGAAGAGGAGGAGCUGGAGGUGAAGCAGGAGAAGCUGGAGCAGGAGAAGGUGGAGGAGCAGGAGAAGGAGGAGCAGGAGAAGGUGGACGAGGAGCAGGUGGAGGAGCAGGAGAAGGUGGACGAGGAGCAGGUGGAGCUGGAGGAGCAUUUGGAGGAGGAGGAGCUCUCUUUGGUUCUGCUGAACGAGAUCUUCAGCCUGAGCAGGUUUGAGGCUGUGAGGGUGAAACAGUUCCACAUCUCCAGUUUUAAAAUCACACCAUUAAAGCUGCACUGUGGAACUUUGGUGGAGCGGCAGUCACCAGACGUCUCCACGGAAACGAGCAGCAGAACCUCCACCAGAAAAGAGCGUGAAGAUCUGCUCCCGCUUCAGUCAGACCAGAGUGAGGCUCGUUUUUGUUUAUUUUGGUCGAACACGUUUUACGUUUCUCUUUUUGCCGUUAAUAUCAGUGUGAUUAAAUUUUAUUCAUCAGCAGAAAAAAUUUAA